CAUCAGGGAGGAGUGAGUUGAAGUUCGUCAAUGGGUGGAACACACAGUUCUGGUGUGGAUCGAGUGUCAGCAUGGAAGGAAAGAAUUAAUGAAGAAUCAAAAGAACUAGCCUAUCCAUCAUUUUGUGUCUACCCCAAGCCCACCAUUUCAUCUUAAUAUGGAUUUUUUAAAACUGUAAUGUAUAGCUCAAGUGUGGAUAUAUAGGGGGGCAAUACUGUUGGCGAACUAACACAUUUGAACAUAGCCAUGGACCAAUCCACAAAAGGAUUAUAAUCUUUCAGUACAAAUCCGCAGUCUCCCACCCAACAGAAACAAUCUGAAAUAUUUUCUGAAAACCCUCCGCUUCUGUCGGCCGGUUUUUGACAUCAGCCAAGAUGCUCCAGCAGAUCUUGACUGAUAUGUUUGUUGACCCCGAGCUCUUGGCCGAGCUGAAUGAGGAUCAGAAGCAAAUCCUGUUCUUUAAGAUGAGGGAGGAACAGGUUCGCCGGUGGAAAGAGAGAGAGGCACGACUGGAGAAGGAAGAGAUUGGGAUGAAAAGGCCCAAGAAAGAUACUAGAAAGACUGUCUCCUGGAUGAAGGCAUCAGACGGUGACCUUUGGGUCUGGGUGAUGGGAGAGCACCCUGACGACAAGUCUUUUGACCAGAUCUGUGAUGAGAUCAUGGCCGAAAGAGCAGCUCUGCAAGCACAGAGGGAAGCAGAGGAGCUCAGGGCAAAGAAGGAGGCCGAGCUGCAGAAGAGGUUCUCUGUUGUCCACCUGGACCCAGACCUGGUGCUGGCCAGGGCAGAGGAACAGCGGCAGGAGGAGGCCCGGCAGGCUGCAGCCCAGGAGCAGCUGAGACUCGAGGAGGAGCUAAAGAAAAAGGAGGAGGAGGAGAGACGCAAGGCUGAAGAAGAGGUGCGCAGACUGAAGGAGGAUCGUGCUCAGGAAAUCUACAUAAACCUGAAGGAUGUGCAAAAGCAGGAUCAGGAUAAGGAGGACAAGGCCUGGCAGGAGUCAUUACGCAAAUCCAAAGUGGCAGACCAGCGUCGUCGGUCGAUCGCCAAGCAGACUCGGGAAGACCACCGCAGGCGUUCGCUCAAGGCCCUGGAGCAGGGCCGCGUGGCUGCCGUGACCAAGACCUUCGGGGGCGAGAAACCAACACUGCCCCCCAAACCCAAACCCAGGAACCUCACCGUAACCAGCGACGUCAUCAGUCAGAAGCCAGGUGUGCGCCGGACUCUGUCCUCGUCCACCCGCGAGCGCAUCAUCCAGUGGUUCAGGGACGAGCAGCUGCCCCUCCGGGCCGGUUUCCAGAGAGACCAGAGCCGCAUAGCAACCUGGUUUCAUGGCAUAAUCUCACGGCAGGAAGCUGAGGACCUGCUGAGUGAGAAAGAGCCUGGCUACUUUCUGAUCCGGGUCAGCGAAAGGAUCUUGGGAUAUGUCCUUUCCUACCGCAGUCAGGAUGGAUACAGGCACUUCCUUAUCGAUGCCACAGAGAACUGCUACAUGCUGCUGGGAGACCAGCUCAAGUUCUCAUCACUGAUAGAACUGGUCGAGUACCAUGAGGUGGAGGCCCUCACCUCAUCUGGAGGAGAACAGCUCCUUCAUGCAUGUGGUCAGAAGGCUGGCCAGGUGGACUACACUGACCUCUUCACUUGAGUUGAGGAUCGGGCCUCCAGCAAGAAGCCAGCCAUGGACAGGGGAAAACUGGAGGAAGAGCAGGUAUCAAACACUGAAGGGAUCUGAAGACCAAAGACCGUCUAAAAGCUGAUGGCAUAGCUGAAGCUGGGCGCAGAUCUGAGACCAGUUACUCCUUAUAUAUGGGAAUGGUCUUGAUUUGGAUUGGGGGGGGGGGGGGGCAAGUGGUUCUCAGUCAACAGAGAAAAGAAACUCGUACCAAGAGCAAAACAAUAAGGCUGUGAAACAGUUGUUUGUGUCAUAGUUGUUGUGUUGUAGUCGUUGCAAUGGGUACAACAUAAAUGUGGCCUUAUUUUGUUUAAUGCUUUAAUCCCUUUUGUCAUUCAGUUACAUCAAGUAAUAUAUCAAAAUAUGUGAAUUUUGUAACACUGUACCAUCAAACUUUGUUUUAUGGAGACACCAUCCUAGACAUCCUAUGGUGUCAGUUUGAAGGAAAUAUUUACAUUGCCAUGUUUUAGUGUUAAGUGCCUUAUUUAAAAAUGUAAUGUGACAUUCUGCUGAACAAUAAUGUACAACAAAGGUGACUGACAGCUACCUAAUAAAAUAGUCUGCAUUA